AUGGAGGCUAUGGCCAAACUCGCAGCUAUUGGCGCGCAGAUGGGCGCGACCAUCAAGCUCGACCUCACAUCGGACGUAACCCACCUCAUCGUCGGCAGCACCGACAGCGCCAAAUAUCGCUAUGUCGCCAAGUCUCGCGAGGACGUCAAGGUCCUCUCCCCGGAAUGGCUCGAAGCCCUGAGGGAGGUGUGGAUGACCGGCGAUGACGACCUGGACAUGGCCGCGCUGGAAAAAGAGUACCGCAUGCCGACGCUCGCUGGGCUGAAGAUAUGCCUUACCGGCUUCGACAACCCCGAUCAACGCAAGACCAUUCAGGAGUCAGUAGACGCCAACGGAGCCGAGUACCACGGCGACCUCACCAAGUCCGUCACCCACCUCAUCGCAGCCGCGCCAUCGGGCAAGAAGUACGAACACGCCCUGAACUGGAGGAUGAAGAUUGUGUCGCUGGAGUGGCUCGAACAAAGUCUGGAGAGGGGCAUGGUGCUGGACGAAGCCCUCUACAACCCCACCAUGCCUGUCGAAGAGCGCGGCCAAGGUGCUUGGGAUCGCAAAAUGCCCGCGUCGCCCGCCAUAGGCAAGCGCACACGAGAUGCAGAGCCGAGUCAGGCCCUGAAUCCUUUCCGCAGGAAGCUACGUCGCUCAGCAAGCACCAAGGUUGGCAGCCAAAGUGAUGCCUUUUGGGCGGGCAUCACAGCGCCCAGUUUCGAACGACCGAUUGAUGAGGAUGAAUGGACAGAGGAAAUCGUUACUAAGCCAGAUAGGUUCUCUGGACUCACCAUCAACUCUACGGGCUUUUCCGGCAUCGAGUUACUGCAUGUGACCAAAGUUGUCACGCUUAUGGGUGCCUCGUACGAUGAACAGCUAUCGGCGAAGACCUCGGUUGUGAUCUGCAACCCUCCUACCAUAAACACACCGAAACUCAAAUUCGCCACGGACAAACGGAUACCCGCUGUUCAUGCCACAUGGCUUUGGGAUUGUCUGCGUAGUGGUCGGCUACAGUCGUAUGCCGAGUAUCAAUUGAACAAGCCAGCGCCGCCUCAGCCACAGAAGCCUAAACAGAGGCCUCAACCACAAGAUGAUGUUCCCACUGCACUGUUGUCCACGGAAGAGAGCCUUGAGCUUCGUCAGAAAAAGCAACAGCCUACCAAUGCCGUGAAAACGUCUCUGCACCCACAGCAGCGUGGUACUCUUGCUCUCACUGCACCAGCAGAUGCAACGCCUGCAUCAACUACAGAUGAGGCGGAUACUUUCAACAAUGAUACUAACGGCCUGAAUUACGAUGACGAUGAGUCUGUCAUACCUGGAUUGGAUGGCGCAGGUUCCCACCCCCUCCAAGAAACCAGCGCCAACUCCCCGCGCCGCCCAUCAACGUCCCCGCAUGCCUCAAAAUCAUUCUCACGACCCAGGAGUUCGUCGGCCGAGUCUCUCAUAGCCCCGGCACCCCGCAAGUCCAAGGCUGGUCAGAUCCCAGAUCCGGUCGUUCCUGUUCCUGAACCCGACUCCGUGAUCCCGGCGGAUACCGAGCCGGUACCACAGGAAGCACCAAAAGAAAAGGAAACAAUAAAGGCAAAAGGACCGGAAGAAGAAAAGGAUUACUCUUCAAUCUUAGCUCAGAUGCGCGCAAACCGCAAGACCGUGCCAACGUCCGUCGAGCAGGCACCUGGCAAGACGCGGAAACGGCGGCAGCUUGGUCGCGCAACGUCCACGCGGUCGAACGCGUCAGCGGGUGAUAGCUCCGGGAACAUUCUGGCUGGAGAAGAGGAAGAAGAGGAGAACACGGUGCUGGUGGAGGAAUAUCAGCCGAGCCAGGAGCUAGGUUGGGAUUCUCCUGGUGCUGCGAAAGCGAGGGAGCAGAUGAUUAAGAAGCUGGGUGGGACUAUGCAGGAGAAGAGCGUGGCAGUUGAAGGAAUCGGCGUCGUAAAGGACGUUGGAGGGAAUACUACGGGACGGGCGGGUAGGAAGAGGCGAGGGUGA